CGAGACCUGCGCGGACCCCGAGGCGGACGGCGGCUCUCGACUCGGGGAAGCCGAACGCGCUGGCCAUGGCCUCCAACUUUAACGACAUAGUCAAGCAGGGCUACGUGAAAAUCCGCAGCAGGAAGCUGGGGAUUUUCAGGCGUUGCUGGUUGGUUUUUAAGAAGGCGUCUAGUAAAGGACCCAGAAGGCUAGAAAAAUUUCCAGAUGAAAAGGCAGCAUAUUUCAGAAACUUUCAUAAGGUAACUGAACUGCACAACAUCAAAAAUAUAACCAGGCUGCCUCGAGAGACAAAGAAGCAUGCAGUGGCAAUUAUCUUUCAUGAUGAAACGUCAAAGACAUUUGCCUGUGAGUCAGAGUUGGAGGCUGAAGAGUGGUGCAAGCAUCUCUGCAUGGAGUGUCUGGGGACCAGGCUGAAUGACAUCAGCCUCGGGGAGCCUGAUCUCUUGGCAGCAGGAGUGCAGCGGGAACAGAAUGAGCGAUUCAAUGUGUAUCUUAUGCCUACACCAAAUCUGGACAUUUAUGGCGAAUGCACAAUGCAGAUCACUCAUGAGAAUAUCUAUCUCUGGGAUAUCCACAAUGCCAAGGUCAAGCUGGUGAUGUGGCCUCUCAGCUCGCUGAGGAGAUACGGGCGGGACUCCACAUGGUUCACGUUUGAGUCCGGAAGAAUGUGUGACACAGGAGAAGGACUAUUCACUUUUCAAACAAGGGAAGGAGAAAUGAUCUAUCAGAAGGUCCAUUCUGCGACACUGGCCAUAGCUGAGCAACAUGAAAGAUUAAUGCUAGAAAUGGAGCAGAAGCUUCAGACAAGCUUGACUGAACCAAUGACGUUAUCCAAAUCAAUAUCUCUUCCCCGCAGUGCAUACUGGCACCACAUCACUCAGCAGAGCAGCGUUGGAGAAAUCUACAGUUUGCAAAAAGGUCACGGGUUUGGGUCCUCGAAGAUGUCACGUGCACAGACGUUUCCCAGCUACGCCUCGGAGCAGAGCGAAGAGACACAGCCGUCCUUAUCCCAGUCCAGCAGCUACGGCUUCAGCUACAGCUCCAGUCUCAUCCAAUGACAGCCAGAGAGAUGCUGAGACCAGAGAGAGAGUGUGUCCGGACCUGCCUGGGGGCCAUCGCGCCCUCUGCCUCGCGGAGGACCAAUUGCAGGGAACAUUGAAAUGGGUCGGGUCUAUCCCUGCUCCCAGUGGAAGGUUAAAAACUGGAGUUCUGCUUCCCUGAUUGCGUGGCUAAGUCCUUUAUUUAUUGAGUUUCUUGCAGGGGAGUCUAUGUUUUACAAAAAUAGAAUCCAAAUCAUCUGAACAGUCAAUUUAAAUAAAAUCCUUUGAGUCUGACACUAGCAGAAGCCUGGGCCGGGUGAGAAGUCACCGACGCUGGACUGUACCUGGGUGAAGGCGUUGCCCCUGUCCUCCUGGCUCAGUCCUCCCACCUGAGGAGAGGUCUCUCCUUAGACAGAAAGGUGACCCACAACGAGCUCUGUGGCUUGGAGGGUUUCGACAGGGACAAAUCCAGUAAGCUCUACAAAUGGCAUCACAACUUUCCAUAUACAUAAGCCCAGUGACAAGGGAACACGCCCACGAAAUUUAGAACACACUCUUAAGCAGGGCCUUGUA